CGAUAUUCUAUGAUCAGUUUACGGUCUCAACUUCACCCAGGUGUUCCAGUUUCGUUUGAAGUGCUUCUCUCGAGGAUUAGCCGCUGAAAUAAGUCCAGAUCAAUCAGCCAAUCAUGCCGACCGCCUGCCAAGUAACGCUGCUCGCUGGAUGCCUGCUUCUGGCCAUGAGUUCGGUUCGGGCCCAGUUCUUCUACCACCAGGCGCUGGGUCUGCCGGUUGCGCACGCUUACGAACCGGCCAAUCCGUACCAGGGAUAUGCCACAGCCGAUGCCCAUCCCUCGGUGGUGCGAAAUGCCCAGUGGGAGUCUGAGUUGCCGGCUGAGCUGUCGAAGAGUGCGCGGUUCUACAAUGAUCCCGUGAUCGCCGCCAAUCUGGCCAAGGAAUCACUACUCACGAAGAAGGAAAUGGCAGUGGUACAUCGCGAGGCUGAGAAAAUACCGCGGGAACAGGUGUACAAGCUCUUCAAGAACGCCGGCUACCUGAGUAGCAGAUAGAACUCGCGAAGCCAGAUGAGUUCCGUUCCCCACGUGCCUUGUUGUAUUUUAGCUUAUAAAUUGUUAAUAUAUUGUACAUAUUAAAUGUUUUUUCUAUAAA